AAUGAAUUGAAUCCUCAAAAUCUGGAACUGUUUAACAAUAUAUUGCAAUCCACGCAACAAAUGGAGUUCUUUGGACAGAGACCGUGGAGACCCGGCUGUCAAACACUCGAACCAUUGGACGCCGAGAAAGAGAGAAUCGGAUUAAAAGUGUUGCAAUACAAAGAACUAACGACUGUUAAUCAUUCUUCACUUAUCAUAACAUCAUUGAGUAAUGCCAUCAAUCAAUUCAAAAAAUACAAGUGCCCGCGAAUGAAGAGAUAUCUCAUGGUAUUAGUGGCUGAAGAGUACUUCUACAGCAAAGACUACGCCAACGCUCUGACAUUUCUCGACAAUGUGUUGCCUCAAUACCGAGAAGAGGGUUGGCUUCCGUUAGUACAGAAUAUUCUCAAUACUGCACUACAAGCGGCCUAUCUAUCGGCCGAUGCCAUCAAUUUUGUG